AUGUCGUCCCGGCAAGCUGCCCUCUCCCUCUACCGGCGCUCCUUGAAGCUUGCACUUGACUGGGCUGUUCAUCGACAUCUCUGGCGCGGCCAGGCCAUCUACAUUCGCUCCCUUUUUGAAGCCAACCGGAAUAUUACCGAACCUAGACAGCAGAGGGCAUUGUUGAAAGAGACAGAGAAGCUCCUGGACUCGUGGAAACACCCAGAUCCCUAUGCUCCUCCCACCGCACCCGGAGGAUCCAAGUACGAGAGAAACCUGCCGGCCCCAAUACUGGAACAACUGGCCAAUUCACUGCAGAGGGAGAGGGCCGCCGUCCUCUGUAUGCGCAACCGAGACCCAAGCCCAUGCUACAUUUCCAAGGGCGCUGAAUCAGACCGGCCGGGACUUGCCUAUGAGACUUGGCGCAACAGCCGGUACAGGUCCUGA